AUGGACAAUCCUGGUGACUGUCCACCUCGGGUGCCUGGGUUCAAUGCUAUGCCCGUGGAUUAUGAGCUAGACGUCAGUGAGUGCUUUGCCCAUACGGCGAGCGAUAAUCGUGCUCUGCGUCUCACAAAGCCCGAAAUCUUGACGUUGCGUCUGAUGGAACAUCUCACCGACAAGACAAACUGGUUGCAUUUUUAA